AUGGCCUUCUUGUCAAAUGCCAUCCUGGCUCUUGUGGUCCUCGCCACUUCCGUUCUCCUUCUUCCACGGUUAGCGGGGACUCUGCUUGGAUUAGUGUUUCGCAGCGCGGGUUGGCUGAUCCGUCGGCGAACACGUUCUCGUCGGGAAUAUGUGAUCGCGCGGGCGCGGUUGGAGGAGGAGGAGCAUCGAGUUCCGCGACCAAAGUCUUCUACAAACUCCUUGGCUCGGAGCCAAGCCGAAGAUGAGGAUUGGGAGAAGGUUGAUAGCUCUAGUGGGGCGAAGACUGUAAGUAGCAAUGAUAACGGAGAUGGUUCUAAGAAUGAGGGAACUACUCCAGAUGAUUGGGAUGGUAUUAUUGGUUUCUUUCACCCCUUCUGUAACGCUGGUGGGGGUGGAGAACGUGUACUUUGGGAAGCUAUUCGCGCAACACAGCAGCGCUGGCCCAAGGCUAUUUGUGCUAUCUACACUGGCGAUCAUGAAGUUAACAAGACUACAAUGCUGGAGCGCGUGGAGAACCGAUUCAACAUUCAUUUACACUCUCCGACAAUCGUCCUACUCUACUUGACUACGCGGAAAUAUGUGGUCAGCAGUUCGUACCCUUACAUGACGCUGCUUGGCCAGUCCCUCGGAUCCCUGGUUGUUGCGUAUGAUGCCUUCACGUUACUCGUCCCAGAUGUUUUUGUUGAUACCAUGGGAUACGCCUUUGCAUUGGCUCUAUGCAAGUGGCUGUUCCCUACAGUUCCCACUGGGGCGUACGUUCACUACCCGACAAUUUCAACCGAUAUGCUCUCCUCCCUUGACGACGAGACUGGUGUACAAGGUAUCAACUCUGGUGCUGGAAAGGGACUCAAGGGUACACUCAAGCGGCGGUACUGGCAACUCUUCGCCCAGUUAUACGGCUGGGUUGGACGCCACGUGGACGUAGUCAUGUGCAACUCGUCCUGGACAUCGGCCCACAUCCGCAAAUUAUGGGGCACAAGCAAAGCCAUUGAGAGCACUGAAGAAGGCACGGGAUCCUCAUCAUCACCCGCAGUGGUCUUCCCACCGACUGCAGUCUCCGAGCUCCAAUCAACAAUCACCGUCGACGCAGAGAGUGAACGAACUCGGCAACCAGUCAUCCUGUACAUCGCACAGUUCCGACCCGAAAAGAACCACCCUCUAGUUUUGCGCUCGUUCGCGCGCUUUCUCCAGGAACGUAACCGUAAUCCCGUUUUCGCGGAUAACCCGCCCCCACGACUCGUUCUCAUCGGUUCAGUGCGGCACUCGAGUCCCGAUGAAACACACAUCUACAACCUGCGACUCCUAGCACACGAACUGAAGAUCCGCGAUCAUACCACUUUCCUCUGCGACGCUAGUUGGCCCGCUGUACUGUCCCACCUCGGAACAGCCUCUGUCGGCGUGAAUGGCAUGUGGAAUGAACAUUUCGGUAUCUGUGUCGUGGAGUACCAGGCUGCGGGUUUGAUCUGCGUUACCCAUGACUCGGGCGGGCCCCGAGAGGAUAUCGUGAUUGAUCUCGGAGACGGUGCGACCGGGUUCCGUGCUGAAACGGAGGAGCAAUUCGCGGCUGCGUUUGAGGCGGCGCUUGCUCUUCCUGUCGAGGAGAAGAUCGCUAUGCGGCUGAGGGCGAGACGAUCCGCGUUGCGCUUUACUGAGGAGGAAUUCGCUAAGAAGUGGCUGGCUCAGGUGCAGAAGUUGGUGAAGGCUUCGCGGUAA